AGCCCACUGAAGGCACCUGCCGCUGCUGUUGAGGCUGCCGUUCCGCUCCGGGCCUGAGGGGGCGCUGUUAGUUUCAGGCAGGUUUUAACACGACGGUUCAAAAACCUUCUUCGACAAUUCUUCUGGCAUUCAAAAAAGAGACCGACAAAAGAGCGAGGAGAGACAAAUCUCGAAGGUCAAAGUUGAGGGCCAUGGCUCGUGGGCAGCAGAAGAUUCAGUCUCAGCAAAAGAACGCCAAGAAGGCAGCAGAGAAGAAGAAAGGCCAGGCCGCUGACCAGAAAACUGCAGCGAAGGCAGCACUGGUCCACACCUGCCCUGUCUGCCGGACACAGAUGCCCGACCCCAAGACCUUCAAGCAGCACUUUGAGAGCAAACACCCCAAGUCCCCCAUGCCCCCUGAGCUGGUGGAUGUUCAGGCAUGAAGAACUGCUGACAGGACCCGGUAAGACAACGAGCAUUUAACCAAAUACACGAUGACCACCGACUAAACAUUGAAUCACUUCACCUGAAGGCGGUUGAUGACGAACACUGGGACCCAUCAGUAUUCAUGGACAAAACGAUGUUGGGAGGGAGGGGGUGGAAGUGCUGUGUACGUAUGUGUGUUUGUGUAAGAGAAACAAUAGCGAUGGGGCAGAAGUACACCAGCACCCCACUUUUAUAUUUAUUAUGUGCAACUACCGUGCUAUUUCACAUGGGAUAGGGGACCUGCAAGAUUGCCUGCUAACACUGAAUUAAAUUUUCCUGUGACUAAUUACUGGGAGAUGUGAUGAGUCUGAAAAUGCUUCAACGGGAUGUAAAAAAA